CAAGCCUAAAACUUAUGGUAGGCAGCUCUAAAACGCGUACCUUUAAUCCCUAAAGUUGGUAUCAAAUUCUUAGGUUGGUAUCAAUGUUCAAUUGACGUUUACUAGCAGAAAUGUCAGUUUUGUUUGAUGCCAUAAUAUUUUCUAAAUUUCCUUAAUACAACACGAAAAAAUGCUUUUUUUAAUUUAGUUAGUGUGUAAUAAACAGCCUUAAGAUGAAUAGAGUCAGUAACGGAAAUUCGACCAUGUCGAACGCGUUAAAAGAAAAAUCCAAGGACUGGCAGCUGGAAAUACUGAUGGAAAAGCUUCGGUCGAAGGCGACGCAGUUUAAAACUCUGCCGGAGAUAUCGAAGAAUGUUAGGAUGGCAAUGCUUGAUAAACGGUAUGCUUUGGAUAGCGUGGAUAAAAGUCAGCACCAGAAAUGUUUGGACACGCUGCAACACUCUAUUAAAGUCACUUCUUUGCAAAGUAUGAUCGAGAGGUUGGAGAGUUUAACAAGGCAAUUAGGGCUUAAAUUUGUGGUGGAAGCGUCUGGUGUGUUUAUAUCGUCCGAUAUGUUUUACUUGGAAAUAGUGUUAGAUGCAAGUGGUACUGUUAAAGAUGUAAAGAUCCACCAUGAAGGUAAAAUGGAGCAGCAAAGCUGCAUGGAGCUUGUAAAUUGCUUGUCUAGCGGCGAUUUUGACGAUUUUACCGCCCAAUUGGAAGGUUUUACGUCCAUAUAUCAGCUGAAUGCUGAAAAGAAGGUUAAGUGUAAAGCUUUCACUGCUUUAGAAUCGCUGGAGGCUGAUUUGACCACUUUGGCGCAGUUACAGGUGUUUAUGAAAGAGCCGUUCAAUCUGAUCCACAAAUCGCCGGUGGGUAUUUUGGAGAAGCGCCGCGGCGGCCACCCGAUGCGUUUGACUUACUUCGUCUCUCCCUACGAGCUCUUGAAUGUCGAACGCGGCGACAUGGACGCCAUCAGCGUGGAAAACGUCGUUUCCAAAAACAUGGGGUACAGCGUCACCGUUUGCAUGGAGGGAGCGGCUGCGCACAAGUUGCAAACCAGCACUUUGAUUACCGUCAAUAGGAGCCUCAACGGAAAAAAUACCCCGUCAAACUCUCCAUUGACCAACCAAAACAGCACCGUCAUUCCGGCCUGUUUCGUCCUGAAGUUAAACAAACCGAUGCCGAUGUGCAUCUCCUUGGUGCGAAAAAUCCAACAGAUAUCGCAAUGGACCGACAUCGAUAACCAACCGACGCAACCUCUGCUAAAUUUGAUCGUGCAACACAGCAGCGACGGCCAAAUGGAGUGCUCCAACAGCAAGGGGCUCUUCGUGACGUUGCCAGAUCAAAACCACUGUUACUUCAUGACGGAUAACAAAAGCAUGGAGGGUGUUUUGGUUGGCAGCAUUCCUUUCACACAUCCGGCCCAUGUUGCCAAUAUUCUGAUGAUUUUGCGGGAACAGGCGUUGUUUAACACGAUUAUAAGUAGUUGCGUUCGACCUAAAAGCAGACAAGAUUUCGACAAUAUGACGAUGUUCGAGGUGAGCGCUUUGUCGCCCACGCACAUCUCUAUUUCCCUGGAACACCCCCUGGAAGAGUCGAUGUCAACGGCGGAAAUGGAUUUGACGGAUAUUUCGGCGCUGUGUUGCCGGAUUCACCAUCCCGGCACUCCGCCGCCGGCAAACGCGCCCGACGUUGCCAGCGAUCUAAGCACUAGGAUACUAAAUAGAUGUUUUUCUAUACCAAUUACUAUGAGAUCUGUGAUAAAGUUGUGGGAAGGACAAUCGCAAAGAAAAUCUAUUUAUAAUGGACAUGAAAAUUUUAGUUUACCCCUCGGUUCCGUCGACCCGGGAGGGAGCGGCGGAGGCGGUGGCAACGCCGGCCCGGCAUCCGGCAACAGCGCCGCCGCCGGCCCUCUAUCGGAAUUUGGGGGGUUGAGCUCUGGCGGCGGCAACGCCGGAACGUCGGCGACGUCCUCUGGCGGCGGCGUUGCCGCGUUCACGAAGAUCAAAGAGGAACCCGGUCUGUUGGGGGGUCAGGGGGGGUCGCUUUUGGGCGCCUCCAUGCACCAGUCGGGAUUUUUGAACGACGUCGUCAUAUCGCAGACAAAUUUUUCCAAUUUCCCACCUUCUGAAGGGGUACUGUCCAACUUGGAGCUGGCAACCGGCGGCGACAAACCGCCGAAGCGGCAGAAGCGCAAAGCGACCGACGAGCCUUGGAAGGCGUCGUCUAACGCGAGCGCGAAGAAGAGGGUGGGAGCAACAACAUCGACGGAAAGCAGCGCCAACGCUGAGCUGAUGACGGAGUCGUCGUCGUCGUGCGACUCCACCUCGAGAAGUACCCCGAUCUCGCAGGAGACCGACCCGACGCUCGCGACCGCCAACUGCGACUCGCCGCCGUCGGGCUUCCCGAGCGACCUCGAGCUCGAGAAGCCCGACGACGAUUUCGACGUCGGCGACGAACCGAAACCGACGAGCUUCCGGGACGACUCGGACAGGAGCGGCCCGGACGAGAAGCCGACGUUGGCCUCCGGCCUCUCGAUAAUCCCCAUACCGCCGUCUUCGGGCGCGGGCGGGUUCAACCCCGCCGCCGACAAGCGAACCGCCGACAUCGAGAUCAUCCCCCUGCUGCCCAGCUCCAUCACCAUCACCCCCAUAUCGGCGACGGCGGGAUCCGCCUCCAAAGGAAACGACGAGGGAAGAGGUUCAGGAUCGAGGGAGAAGGAUAAGGAGAAGAAAGGUCAGAAGGGUGGCGGUAAAGAUGACAAGGGAAGGUUGGAGAAGAAGAAGAAGAAAAAACGUGAUGGGAGCCCAAUGGGGCCCCCAGAAAAGGUGCCCGUCAAGUCUGACACGUUGCCGAAACCUAUAACUGAAUCCCCCCCUCAAAACUCCCCCACCCCAAACUCCCCCAACAUGCUGCGUAAAUUCGCCCAAUCCCCCACCAACAGCCGCCCGAUCUCUCUCAGCGGCAAACUAAGCCCGAACUUGGUCAAAACGUCCCUGAAACCCUCGUCGAGCCCCAAACACUCCCCCCUGCACAUGUCGAGCAGCCCGAAGCACAUUUCCGGCAUCGGCAGCCCGAAACACGGUUCGAGCCCCAAACAUGGCGGCACCAGCUCGGGCAAGCCGAGCAUGAGCGCGCUAAAAAACGCGGCCAACUCCCCCUCGAGCAAAAACCCGGACAAAAAGUCCGUCUCGGACAAGUCCAGGGACAAGGAUAAGAGCGGCAAGUCCAUUUUUUCCAAGAGCGUCAAGUCCGGCGUUAAAGUGAAACCCCUGGACUUGAACGCAACGGAAUCCAUGCAGGAUGACGUUUUGGCCAACGCUUUGGAUCCCAAGUUGAAUCCCAACCUCAACAGAAACAGAAAAGGAUCUUUGUCCGCGAUAGUAGACAAAUUAAAGGUAAAUGCGCAACAUUGCGAUACUACCGUAGAUUUAAGUCAAAAGAGUACAAAAUCCGAGAAGGAUCGGACUUCCUCCAACAAAAUUGACCCUAGUAAGCCUUUGGUGAAGUUGGGGGAGCCGAAAAACUCCGAGUACAUGGUUAAAUCAUCGUCGGAGGGUAUCAAAAUUACCAUCAACAAAACUAGAGGGAAAGAGAGCAAAAAUUCCGGGACCAAAUCCAGUUCUUCAUCAAAUAGCUCGUCGGGCACGGGGAGCCCAAAAAUCCACACAGGGUUAAAACCGGGCGUUAACAGCGGCCCGGCGUCGAAAAAAUCCCUGACCAAAGACCCCUUCCCGAAGAACAACCAACAAACAACAACCAACUCCAACGUGUUGAAUUCUCAAAGCCAAAAGGCAUCGAGUGCGACGAUUAAAAAUCACUACAAUGUCGCCUCGCAGAGCAACAGCGCGAAAAUGACAUCGACUUCGUCUUCGAAGUCGGUUUCAAAGUCGACGGGCUCGCCGAAGAUGGGCUCGUCGGGCUCCGGCGAUUUUAAUCGGUCGAAGGAUCGCGCCAAGUCGUCGCUGAGCAAGUCGGGCUCGGAGAAGUCCAUUUUUUCGAUUAAGGAUCGCGGUAAAGGGAGUCCGACGCCCGGCGGCAAGGACGAUGACGUUUUCAAGAUGGGACAGGCGAAUCCCUACACCCCAAUGUUAAUGGAAGGUAUGAUGAAACAACUGGACAAAAACUUCCAAAUCCCCAAACUCUCGGCGCGCUCUUCGGAGGAGAAAAAAUCGUCCUCUCUGCCUAAAGAGCCGACGAACAAUUUAGCGAACAACAGCGUUGCCCGGAACGCGAUCGAGUCCGCGAAAAUUUUCGACGUCGCACUACCGAAAUACCCGCUGACGAUACCCAGCAAAAUGUUCGAAAACGCGAUGGACCAGCAGCAGAAGAGGAACAACGUCAACAUCAACCUGAACAUAGGCGCGAGCGGCCUGAAGGCCGACGACAUAGACGAGAAGAAGAAGGAAAUCGGGCCCAGCUUGUCCACUUCUCAAGGGGCAUCCAAUUGACCAGAGGCCUCCACCACGAAUUAUCGUUUACUUAUGGAAAAAUUCAUGAAAAUUUGUGAAAACUUCCACGCACUUAAUACUUAAUAUUUCAACUUUGACUUGCCAACUAAAUUUAGUGUAAUUUUUGGUGGAAAACGCAAACUUACUAAAAAGUAUUCUUAAACUUGGGAAUUGAAAGUUAUCUGAAAUAUUUAUGUGAUCUCAGAUACUUUUUAACUCCUUAUUAUUUUUUUAAAUCAAAUGAUAUGCUUAAAAUAUCAUUUAACUUAAUGUACAUAAGCAAAUGUAAAUAUGUAUUUAAUAGUCUACGUCAUGUUAUAGAUGCAUAAAAUUAGUAUUAAGGCAAUAUUUUAGAGUUUUUU